AUGGUUCGAUUCCAAAAGGGCUUUUCAGUUUGCCUCAUCUCUCACAGGUUGAACUUCAGAACAAUCUUCUCUCCGGCGAAUUCCCGGCGACCAAUUCUGUGUCAGCGAAUCUCGGUCGCCAUUAGCCAAUUUUCCGGUGUGCAGAAGCUUUUACUCGAUGGACCUUGUAAAGAAGGAAUCGCAAACGCCACCUAUCAACCACAUUCAAAAUCACCAAUCUCCGCCUCUGUAAAACUUCUUCUCGUUCUUGGCAUACUCCUCUGUUCCAUCGCCUUCACCAUUGCAGCAAUCAUCAAAGCUCAAUCUAUCAAGAGAGCUUGCAAAGCUCGAUCAUGGAAGCUUACUACUUUCCAACGCCUAGAUUUCACUUGCGAUGAUGUUCUCGAUUCUUUAAAGGAAGAUAACAUCAUCGGAAAAGGAGGAGUCGUGAUUGUUUACAAAGGCGCCAUGCCCAAUAAUGAACUUGUUGCAGUGAAUAGAUUGCCAGCCAUGAGCCGUGGUUUUUCUCACAACCAUGGAUUCAAUAUCGAGAUUCAAACCCUAGGAAGAAUCAGACAUCGACAUAUCGUGAGAUUAUUAGGGUUCUGCUCCAACCAGGAAACUAAUUUAUUAGUGUACGAGUAUAUGCCAAAAAGUCAAGUCAAUGCCUGCACUUAA